AUGAAGAGCACAGUAUGGAACCUAACCGUUUUAUUUUUACUUUUAAAGCUUUCACAAGUGCUCAUUGUUUACUUUGUACCAAGUCAGUUUGACACCUCAUCGGAAAUAGUAAUUGAAGCUCACAUAAAUUCAAAGUAUAAGCUAAUUGAAAGUUCAAGAUAUCCUAACAUAACAGAAUACCUAAUUACUAAUAUACUAGAUAAAGUGAUAAGAUGGGAUGCAGUUUACUUUACUGAUUUAUUCUUUAAUGAAAUCAAAUUCGAGCAUCAAUUCGUAUUUUGCCCGUUAUAUUGGAGAAUGAUUAAAUCAAUUCCUUUUGGGGAGAAUAAUUUCUAUACAAAGCUUAUAGUGAGCUUGAUCGUAAACAAUAUCUCACAUUACUUGGCUAGCUUGAUCCUAUUUGCAUUGACUAGAACCAUUUUCAAAAACUUUACUCAGAACGAAGAACGUCUACAAAAAUUGUCAUUUUAUUCAUCUGCAUCAUUUAUAGUAUCUCAGGCAGGAAUAUUCUUAACAGCUAAUUAUGCCGAAUCACCAUGUUGCCUAUUGAGUUUCAUAUCCAUGUACUUGAGAGAAAUUUCACUCAACUACCGUGAUUUUUCUAUGGUCAACUCAAAGAUGUCCCUUAAGCAAUACCAAUAUAAACUAACUUAUCUUUUAUCAGGAUCAUUCGUUGCGUUAAAUUAUGGAUUCAGAGCGAACGCACUACUACUAGGGAUAUUUUACUUAUACGAUACUUUUGAGUUCAUGGUAAGAAAUCAUAACUUGAAGGAUUCUUUAUGGCUGUUAGCGUCAGGUUCGCAAUUAUUCUUCUCUUUUGUUUGGAUAAAUUGGUUGAAUUACGAGAAAUUUUGCCCAGAAAGAGGAGAAUGGUGUAAUAAUAUGGUGCCUUCAUUAUUCUCCUUUGCACAGACGCAUUACUGGAACGUGGGUUUCUUAAGAUAUUGGAGCUCAAAUAAUAUCCCGAACUUCUUGUUCGCAUUACCUACGAUUAUCAUAAGCUUGCUAAGCUUCCGCUAUUUUUUCCAAAUUAACCCAACCAGAAUCCUUCUUCCCUAUGUUAUGGUCAACUUUAGCCUUAUAAUAUUGGGAUUGUUAUUCUGGCAUGUACAAAUAUUGACUAGAGUAUCCUCUUUUUUACCUCUUUGUAACUGGUUCAUAGCCAGUCUUUUAAUAUCGAAUAAUCAGAAAGAGAGAUCAACGGGGAUGUGGAUCAUUAAGUAUUCAGUUGUCUGGAACCUAGUUCAGACCGCUCUCUUUGCUGAAUUUUUACCUCCAGCUUAA